AUGGAACAUCAUGAUUUUUUUUUAGGGCUGCUCCUCCAAAAGAAAGAUGAUAAAGUUUCUGCAGUUUGUCUGCAGGAUCAUAUAAUACACACUCAUCAGCUCCAGGAUUUUUCAUUAGCAGAACAUUUUAAGUCAAGGAUAAGGGAUACCAAGAACAUUUACAAAGCUGUGAACAAAGAAAUGGACAGAAGAAUAAUAGAUACUGGACUAAGAAAAAAGAGCACUCACCACAAAACCAAGGAAGAUGCAGAAAAGGAGUAUGUUCUUGAUCCCAGUACUCCACAGCUAAAGUUAGAAUGCUUUAUAGUCAGGUUUGGUUCUUGGGGUUAUUUUUCUCCUUUGAAAAAACAGGUGCUGCAUUCAUGUUCCCAUGUACUCCAUAAAGCAUGCCUGAAAACCUUUGGAAAAUUUACAGGCAAAAAUUGUCCUAUGUGUAGAAAAGAGCAGUAUCAGACCAGAGUGAUACAUGAUGUGGCAUGUUUGUGGCAAGUGUGCUAUUAGGUAAGCCUUACUUCGGCUACCCAUGGAUAUAUUGUUAGAAAAACGUAGAAAGACUUGAGAGAAACAGUGCCUCCUAAGGAUAGUAAAUUAAGAAAGCAAUUAUUUGAGAAAAAGUUAUGUUGCAUUAGCUUCUUUGGUCUGCUUCUUUUGUGUGAUUCACCUUCCUUAAAUCAGAACUCCUAA